AUGAAUUUUGUGGGUGCUUUGAAAUAUGGUUGCAAACCAGAGGUCGAGGCCGAGCGCUGCAUGAGGCAACUGCUGUUUAGAUCGAGGUCUGAAGGCGAACUUAGCUUAGAAUUGACAGCGGAUUUAAUUAAUGAAUUAUUCAAAGCAAUUGGAUUGCAUACUAGCAUUACAGUGCAGCAAUUGCAAGCAGGAAACGGAUUCGACUGGGAAGCAGCUGGUUGCCGCCACUACAUGUUCCAUUGCAAUACGAUUUUCUUUAGCGCCUUCGAGCGUUUUCUUAAGCAGCUAUGUCGUACUGCGAGGGACGAACAAGAAAAUGCAAGCGCAGCUGUGAAUGCCGAACCGAUUUGGCAUUUAUUGCAGCUGUUGGCCGUUUGGUGCAAUUGCUACACGGAUUUGUUAGAACAGGAAUUGGAUAUACAAGUGCAGUACUUUCAAGAACCGCUUGCGCGCAUAAACUAUAGAUUGUUCCUUGGCGUGCAUGAAAUUAGGAAGAAAUAUCCCACCCGCUUUGACCAUUUAGAUGAAAUUUGCGCACGUUUGCUGGAUAGUGCUCUGCAGGGAUUAUUCUUUAAAGAAUGUCAUGCAGACAUUUCUGAUGGCCUCCUCAUUCUGGCGGAGAAGCAUUUCGGUGUAAGCGAGGCUUUUGCUAAUGACGCUUUCAAAUUCUUUUACUAUAGCUUCAGUGUGGAGCAACACAAAGCAACUCAUUGUAAUAUUUUUAAGUGCUUCACGCGAAUGCUGCACAAAUUUUCAACAGAGCAAGAUUCAAGAGUCUACCGCACAUUUUUAAGUUUUCUAAUUGAAAAGGAUAUGCAGGACAUUUUCUAUACAAUUUUGAAAUUGGAGAAGACUAAGCGCUUACUAUUGGCAGCUCUAAAUUUUUUGAAUGAGCUCCAGGGGCAACUACUUGACUUGGAUUGCUUCUCGGAAAUAUUUCUCGAGGCUAUACUUGGACUGACAUUGCACGCUGAUGAAAACCUUUCCUUAUUGGCCGCUGAGCUCUAUAUAAACAUGGCCCGACGCAAGGCAAACACAGAUGAUUUUCUUCUAAAACACAUUCUUGAAUAUUACUUUACAGAAAUGAACACUAUUGAUUUGCUGCCACACUAUAUCGCUGCUAUAUGGCCCAAUUUUUCUUAUAUGAAGUCUUUGGACAUUUAUUUUGAACUGUUAAAGGAUCAGAGCUUGCCGUUAGAAAUGCGCUAUUUCAUUGCGCAAUUUACAAUUGUAAUUUAUAGCAAAAUGAUAUCGAAUAUCGAAAAAUAUGCACCGGAAAUUAUAUUCGUGCUCCGAACGCUGCCAACUCUCUUCACACUGUUAGAUAGUCAGUGCUUGAAAGGCAUUCUACUGCAGUUAUAUAGUAUCACCGAGCUGGAACUGCUACGUGGCAGCUAUGGUGCUGUUAAUGAGGUAUUGUAUUUUCUUGCUUUUGAAAACUACUUCAUAUCGGAGUUCAAAAGUGACCUGAAUUUUAAAUAUCCUUAUCUACUAAAUUUAUUUAUGCAAUUUACACGCUUCAUUGAAGAAACUAAAAAUUUCGAUAAAAUGGAAAUGUGUGGUGUUUAUGCGUACACACAAUUUGUGGAAAUAGAACGCUCACUGCCAGCACCUGAUGACAAGAAGCAACCUCGCGUGGCGCAAGUGCGUGCCUACUACAAUAUUUUACAAAAGCUCUGCGUACUGCUGCAGGUGGACUACGAUGUUUUGGACACCUUGGAGUCACUAGUUCGCACGCUGCAUGCAAGACUUGUGGAAAAGCCACAGCUACAAGAGCUUUCCAAUAAACAUGAGAUUUUUAUUGAUGUAUACGCCAUUGAGUUGCUGGUGAAUGGCUGCAUUAAACUAUCACGUAGCAAAGAUUUAACGAAAAGUUCAGAACAGUGGCUUGGUGUUCAGAUCCACGCAUUGGAAACAUAUUUGCUCGAUGCGUUGACUUAUGUGGGGGUUAAAACAAUGGCGCAAAUGUAUCGCCUGAAAACGUGCUUCAUUUGCCUUGUUAAUUUAUAUUGUACUUUUCAUAAUACCACUGGCGUCUACAAGCUGCCACUCAAUCUGCGUUCAUACCACAUAUUGCUGCAAACUUUGUUGGCCGGCUGCUUGCAGCGUAAACCACAAACAUCAGCAAGUGUGCAAAGCAUAAGCGAUGAGUAUUUAGAACUAAAUCCAAAAUAUGUUUUACAAUAUCAGAAGCUAAUGUUUGAAAAAUUUACAAAAUUGCAUUCAUCGAAAUAUGUCGAACUACCAUCGCCGGCCGCUUGGAAAAUAUGCUUGCAUUAUGGAUUAGUGAGUAUAAUCAUUGUACCUCCUGUUGAUUAG